GGACCUCAGCACAGCAGACAUAGCUGAUCGCUUGGUUGAGAUCCUGCUGCAACUCAAAGGCAAGGACUGGAGGCCCACAGCUUGGAGAUGAAGAGGAGAGAGACACCCUUAUUCAAGCAGCACACCAUUGGCUCGCUCGGGAAGGACAUGCCGCGGCAGUUCCCCAAGAUUUCCCUGAGCGAAGUGGAUGAGCAGGUGCGGCUGCUGGCUGAGAAGGUGUACGCCUCAGCGUUGAAGGAAGAGGAUACCAAGGAUGCGCUCUCCAUGUUCACUGUCCCUGAGGACUGUCCCAUUGGCCUUCAGCAGGCCAAGGACCGAGAGCUGCUCAAGGAGAUUGCUGAGCAGCAGUCUGAGGAGACUGCCAAAAGGAAGAAGAGCUUCAAGCUGAUCCGCUCCCAGUCCAUGUCCUUGCAGAUUCCAGUCAGCACUGACUGGGCCCUCUCUGUUGUGUCCCCCCUGCUGUCCCCAGCCUCCACAUGCCCCUCCAUCCCAGACAAUGUCCCAGAGUUCCAGAGGGUCACCAUCAGUGGGGAUUACUGUGCUGGAAUCACUGUGGAAGACUACGAACAAGCUGCUAAGAGCCUGCUGAAGGCUCUGUUCAUCCGUGAGAAAUACUCGAAGCUGGCCUACCACCGCUUCCCCAGGACCACGGCCAAGUUCCUCCGCAGCGCCGAGGGGCAGAAGUGGCUGGAGGAAGAUGAGGUCCUUCCAGAUGUCUCUCCCUGCCCUCGGGAGGGGGAGGACCCGUACCGGAUGGAGGACAUCCCAGAGAACCUCAACUAUGAGCUGAAGAUGAAGGACGGCAUCAUCUAUGUCUAUGACAAUGUCGAGGCCCUCAAGCUACAGCAGCCACGCAGCCUCCCUUACCCCGACCUGGAGACCUUCGCCAUUGACCUAAGUCAAGUCCUGGCCAUGAUUGCUGAUGGGCCCACGAAGACCUACUGCCACAGACGGCUGAACUUCUUGGGAUCCAAAUUCUAUUUACAUGAGAUGUUGAAUGAGAUGGCAGAACUGAAAGAACUCAAGAGUGUUCCACAUAGAGACUUUUAUAAUGUCAGAAAGGUAGACACGCACAUCCACGCAGCAGCCUGCAUGAACCAGAAACACCUUCUCCAGUUCAUCCAGACCACCUACAAGACGGAUGCAGAGCGGGUGGUGCAGGAGAAGGGUGGAAAAAAGAUUACGCUUAAACAGCUGUUUGACAGCCUGAACAUGGACCCCUACGAUCUCACUGUAGACUCGCUGGAUGUUCAUGCAGGCAGACAGACGUUCCAUCGCUUUGACAAGUUCAACUCCAAAUACAAUCCAGUGGGGGCCAGCGAACUCAGGGAGAUCUACUUGAAAAGUGACAACUACAUCCAAGGGGAGUACUUUGCACGCCUCAUUAAGGAAGUAGCCCAUAACUUGGAGGAGAGUAAAUACCAGCAUGCAGAGCCUCGCCUGUCCAUCUAUGGUCGAUCCCCAGAAGAGUGGGAGAACCUGUCCCACUGGUUCAUUCAGCACAGGCUCCACUCCCCAAACAUGCAAUGGGUCAUCCAGGUGCCCCGGAUUUAUGACAUAUUCAAGUCAAAGAAGAUAAUACCUAACUUUGCAAAGAUGCUGGAAAACAUUUUCCUCCCUCUUUUUGAGGCCACCGUAAACCCUCAGAAGCACAAGGAGCUAUAUGUGUUCUUGAAAUAUGUGACAGGUUUUGACAGUGUGGAUGAUGAGUCCAAGCAUAGCAACCACAUGUUUUCCUACAAGAGCCCAAAACCUGAAGAGUGGACCACUGACGAGAAUCCACCCUACAGCUACUACCUCUUCCACAUGUACGCCAACAUCAUGGUGCUCAACAACCUGCGCAAGGAACGUGGCCUCGGCACCUUCCAGUUCCGCCCGCAUUGCGGUGAAGCGGGAUCCAUCACUCACCUGGUCUCUGCCUUCCUUACUGCUGACAACAUCUCCCAUGGGCUUAACCUGAAGAAGAGUCCUGUGCUGCAGUACCUGUACUACCUGGCCCAGGUGCCCAUUGCCAUGUCGCCGCUCAGCAACAACAGCCUGUUCCUGGAGUACUCCAAGAACCCGCUGCGGGAGUUUCUGCACAAGGGGCUGUGUGUGUCCCUGUCCACAGACGAUCCCAUGCAGUUCCACUACACCAAGGAGGCGCUGAUGGAGGAGUACGCUAUCGCUGCGCAGCUCUGGAAGCUCAGCACCUGCGACGUGUGCGAGAUCGCCAGGAACAGCGUUUUGCAGAGUGGCCUGUCUCACCAGGAGAAGAAGCACUUCCUUGGGGCGAACUACCUGAAGGAUGGACCAGAGGGGAAUGACAUCCGGCGGACCAACGUGGCACAGAUCCGCAUGGCCUACAGACAUGAGACGCUGUGCAAUGAGCUCAGCUUUCUGGUGGAUGCAGUGAAGUCAGAAGCUAUGGUUUCAGAGGCACAGUGAGCAGACUGAAUGUAUCAGCUCCUGUCAUAGUAACCUCUUAUCAACCUUACUGUAAAGUUAUGCUACAGUUGAAAUGUAUUUUACAUCACUGUCCUCGGUUAAGACAGGGAAAUACUGUUUCUUUUGAGAAAUGCAUGAGCCAAACAGAUAAAUGUGGCCUGUGCAAAGCAUAUGCUGCAUACUGUUUGUAAAUGGUUUUAUGAUGGUCUUUAAAACUUUGCCCUUGUUGGAGUGUUUCCUUGUCCCCCUCCCCCCUUCCAAAGUUCAAUUUACAAGCAGCGGAACAUAGGGAGGGGCUUGGGUGGGUUGUGGCUUUAUGUCCCACUAGAAUCAAUGUUUGUCAAAAAGCAAUGCUUAGUAAACACUUGCUACACAUGUUGUCUAUCUCACCACAUACAGGGGACACUGUAAAUGUGUCUGUAUAAAAUACAGGCUUAUAGCCAGAAGGUUGCCAGUUCAGGUGCUGGGCUCUGAUGCAAAACCCUGCAAAAUCUAUGCAGAAAUGGUGCAGUAAAAUAUUCAGCUUUCUGUUGAACAAAACUAUAAGUUGCUUUGGAUAAAAGCAUCAGAUGAGCUAUGAAACAGUAACUGGGAGGCUGCUGGAUCAGCAGUGCGUGUGGAGACAGAAUCCGUUAUGCCCACAGGUCUAUAACGUAACCCAUUAAGAUUCUGUUUAUAGAGAUGCUGACUGCAGAAAACACAAAUUCUUCGGAAACCCUACGAUCCAGAAAACAGAUUUUACAAGCCAGAUGCUACAAUCUGUAGUGGUUCAGUUUGUGGAGAAACAUAAAAAUGUGACUUUGCCUCCUUACUAACAGCGUUUCGUAAGGACAGUUUUUCAAAUGACCUCUGUUAUUGUUGAUGCAUGAUCCUGAGUCUAUAGUAGCAAAAAUGGAACAUAUGAUAAAUAUACACCACCACUUGUACUAAUGUUCUAUAUAUGACGCACAACAUGUCAGCUCUGCUUAACCUGCAUGUCUGCUGACAACAGCACACAAAUAUCCUGCUGGUUCUUUAAGUGCCAUACUGUAUGUGUAACUGUGCACUUGACAAACAUUCUCUUGUAUGAUGUGAUAUUUUUAAAAAAUCUAUUUGUAAGAGGGAAGCUGAUACAGAAAGGGAAAUGCACAGUGCCAUGAAAAAGUAUUUGCCCACUCCCUGAUUUUUUUGACAU